UGUGCUUUAUUAUUAGGAAGAGUGAUACUGUGCUUCCAUCAUGCGUAAUCCGUUUAUAUACUCGACAAUGCUAAAGUUAUGCUAACCACAUAAUGAUCAUAAUGCCACAUUCUUGACCGCGACCAGUGCAAUUUUUGGAGAUGAGAAACAAUAAACUAAAUUUACAACAUUUUCCUGGAAAUUUGAAGCACAUUACUGUCAACCACGUGUUAGGAAUGUGUCCCCAAUUCUCGGUAAUUCCUUAAUACAAAAUAUACUUUGUAUUUGUAUGUACAUUUAUUUCUGAAACGUGUGUUAAUGUUAAUAAAGUAUUUACUACUAAUUUAUUGAUUCUCCGAGUUGGAUCGUAUGAAAUAUGAAACAUGCCAUUAAUUUAAUUUUGUGAAAUUCCAAUUAUCUGGGGCAAUGAUCUCAUACCUAUAUUAAUGCGUAAAUGUUUACCAUUCAGUGUAUGUACAUACACAGGUGCAUAGGCAUACACUAGUAUGUACAACAAAAUAAUGGUGUGAAUUAUCUUGUAACGACUAUUAUUUAAGUUUUAUUGAAUGUUUAAUUGCAGAAGUUCUGGGUAAUACGAAAUUAAAGAGUGGUCUAGUUUUCAUAAAAGCUUAUAAAAUAUAUUUCAAAUUGUUUUAUUUCUGCUUCUGGGACAGGUAAAACUUUAAAAUUUCGAUACCGCAAUAUUUUAUCUGUACUUUUCAUUCAACGUUUCUCGUGUCGCACACACAUUCGACAUCAUUCAUUUGUGCAGUAUGCAUCUACAAGGCAUGCAAUGAAAUGUUACGAGAAAGGAGAUGGGAAAAAUGACAUUUUCUGCGUAUUCUGCGUAUGUGCAAAAGUGAGCAAAUCUGCAACUUUCCUUUCCUAAAUAUGUGCAUAUGCACACAACGUUGGCUAAAAACGUCGAGUUUGGUGGUGGUGGCACAACGUUGGGCAAGAAUUCACACACUUCAUGCUUUGCUAUGUAAUGCAUACACGACAGAAGAUCACUUUCUUUUGUCCAUUCAUUGAACCAGGUUCUAUUGCUCUGCAAAGUGAAAAUCUUGUCCAAUUUCAAAACUUGCGAAUACAUAGUAGCACCAAAGAACAUAAAAAUGGAACUACCUGCUUCUGCCAACAAAAAUAUUCCAACUUUUAAGUGUAUCCUUGUGGGUGAUGGGGGCACUGGGAAGACCACAUUUGUCAAGCGUCUCUUAACCGGAGAGUUCGAGAAGAAGUACAUUGCAACUUUAGGCGUGGAAGUGAGACCCUUGACCUUUAACACGACCCGGGGGCAAAUUACUUUUAAUACGUGGGAUACGGCUGGUCAAGAAAAGUUUGGAGGCUUGAGAGAUGGUUAUUACAUCCAAGGACAAUGCGCAAUUGUCAUGUUUGACGUCACUUCCAGAGUGACUUAUAAAAACGUCCCGAACUGGCAUCGUGACUUGAUCCGCGUCUGCGAUAAUAUUCCAACAGUGCUUUGUGGAAACAAGGUGGACAUCAAAGACAGAAAAGUGAAAGCAAAAAGUAUUACUUUUCAUCGGAAGAAGAAUAUCCAGUAUUUCGAUAUUUCUGCAAAAAGCAACUACAAUUUUGAAAAACCGUUUUUGUGGCUGGCUCGGAAACUUGUGGGUGAUCCUCAACUAGAAUUUCUCCCCAUGACUGGACUUGCACCACCUGAAGUGCACAUUGACCCUGACAUGAGGAAGAAAAUGGAAAAAGAUUGGGAGGAAGCAGAAAAUGUGCCGAUACCGGAGGAUGAUGAUGACGACUUGUAAUUAUAUAAAGUAUUUAUUGUUAGCAUUAAUAUAAACGAGUUAAAUGUAGAUUAAGGUUUUCUUGAAAUUAAACAAUUUUGUUAAAGUUA